GUCAAUGUUUGUCAAGAUUCCAACACUAGGGUGGACCAGGUCAUGCCCAUUUUUGGUCACCUCUGCAAAUACUACACUGACAUUUCUGCUGCUGCACUGGUCACAGUCAUUGAUAACCAUUCAUCACCCAUCCAAGCCAUUCUCAACAGCCUUGAUUUCCGCUGGAAAAAGGUUGAUCAUGAUGUCUUCAUUGCUGCAGUUGCACUCAAUCCCUUCAUCAAAACUGCUCUUUUCACACCGAUGGUCUCUACUGCACUCCUAGUCACUAUGAUAGAAUGGGUGUAUUGUCAUGUGUUCGGAACUGACACCCCACCUGCGGAAUGGGGUCCGUGCAGCAUUGCAUAUCUGAUGGAUCCACAUGAUGCUUUUGGUUAUGCUGAUGGGGAUUGGAAUCAGAAUAGCCUCUGCAAGUGGAUUCCAGACUUCAAUCCCUUCAAAGCAUGGCGAUGUGCAUGCACCACCGACCCUCUUUUAGUAAUGGAUCGAGGAAUGGGGAAUUUUCCCCAUCCCCAUAACACUCUUGCAAAACUUUCAAUCCUUGUUUUCUCUUUUGUUUGUAAUUCCGCAAGUUCUGAACGCUUCUUCUCUAUUACUGGUGACACUAAAGACCCUUCACAAAAUUGGUUAGCUGUCAAAAAAAUGGUCAAAAUUUCUGCCAUCAAGUUAGACCUCAAUCAUGAGCAUGCAGUUGAAGGAACACACCAGAAGUGCAUCCAACAAUCAUUUGGCUAUGCUUCAGCAAAUGACUGUGGUCCAACAGGAAGUCACCUAGAGCUGGAACAUGGACACCUAUCUUCAAUUCCUGAUGACAUUAACCACUCAAACUUUUCAUUCUGCACCAAUCUCCUUGAUGAUCUCAACAAGGAUUUGGACAUUCCUCGUUUAUGCCGAAAUGUCCCUGUCUACCAUGACUCCCCUCACGACUCUCAGUGUCAUGCUAGUCUACAAGGCAAAGCAAUAUGCGACAUUUUUAAUAUGACCUUGGAUGGGCCAUGGAAUCAUUAUUGGUUCCAGGGUACACAAAACUUCACAUUGGAGCUGGAGAUGCAAGAUUUUGUUGCCAGAGAUAUGAAUCUAGAUGUGGGG